AUUCACAUUAUCUGCUCUCCCACGUUGCUUUUGGAAUUUAAUGUUCGCCAGUAUUACGCUACAGUGCACAUCUCUGCUUUCCUAAGUAAUAUGGCUGAAUCUACUGACGGAAAGAAUCUGGAGACGCAACUAAAAAAGGUUGCCUUAGCGUCUGCCUGUACGCUUACAGGACCAACAGCAUUUGAACCUCCGGAGCCAGGUCAUGGUUCGUUUUACAAAGACUAGCUGCUUGUGUGGCUUCUCAACUCGCCAUGCAGUGCUAACAUUACCUCUUUGUUUAACAGAUGACGGCUCCGAGAGUGUAGAAGACAAGGUAAGAAAAGUCAGACAAGAUGGCAGUGUAUACAAAUGGCAUCUAAAAGAAGAUGACGCAGGUAAAUAA